AUGGUUAUUAAAGGAGGUGGUGAUUCAACAAACUAUAAACUUGUAAAGACAAAGAAGAGAACUCAAGAUGAAAUCGAGAGAGAAGAAAUAAAGAAACAAAGAAAAGUAAAGGUUUACCCAAUCAAAGAGAUUGCUGAAGGUCUCGUAUCAGAAGAUCCAAAGACAAGACUAGCACAUCUCACUCAACUAAAAACAUUAAUCAAUCAUAACACACUCUUUACUGAACUUGAAUUACUACAAAUUUGGAAAGCAUUAUUUACAUAUGUAUGGGGAGCAGAUAAACCAUUAUGGCAAGAGAAAUUGAAUGAAAAGAUUUCAGAUUUGAUUGGUAUCUUCCACAAGACCGAUAUGUCAUUGCAAUUUAUCAGAGCGUUCUUUGUUACGAUGUUCCAAAAGUGGCAUUUGAUCGAUCGUUAUCGUUUGGAUAAGUAUUACUCGUUGGUCAGAAAGAUGUUGAGAAAGUCGUUCAAGUUCCUCUUGAAGUACCAAGAUGCACCGAACGGUCAGGGCGUCAUCCUACUGCAAGACUUUAUCGAUGUGCUCAAAGAGACCUGUUUGAAUCCAUCGUCGACCCCCACCACCACUGCCGAGACCAACGGUCUCGUUCUGCACAUCUCUGAUAUCUACUUGGUCGAACUCUACAAGGUGUCAGAGGGAUACAUCGAUGCUUCCUAUCUCAACAAGCUGUUGAUGCCAUUCAUCAACUACCUCGCCAAGUCCGAGGACGACGUUGCCGCCUUGCGUAUCAGAGAUCGUGUGUUCCACCGUAUCAUGACCACCUUCUCGCCGUUCGAUGAGCGUGAUCCAUGGAUGGUAGAAGAGGAGUAUGACGAGAACGGUGAACUCGUUCAAACUAUCUUCCCAACCGAUUAUAAAAUGUUAUCAAAGUUAUUUUUAGCUAUUGCCUCCUCAAAGAAAACUAAAGCAGAGAAUAGAAAAUUGUUAUUCAAUUUGAGCAAUAGAUUUGAAGCUACUGCAAAGAAACUUAAGGAUUUGGAAGAGUCAGCUGAUAACUUGAUAGAUGAAAACUUUGUCGAUGAUGAAGGAAAUAUUAUCGAUCAACCAGAAGGCGAUGAUGAUGAUGAAGAAUUAGAAGAUGGUGAUGAAGAGUUGGAUGAGGAGUUAGAAGAUGAUGAAGAUUUAGAAGAGUUGGAAGGUGAGGAUGAAGAUGAAGAUGAUGGAGAGGAAGAAGAGUUGGACGAGUCAUUACUUCAACUAGAAGAUGAAGAUGAUGAAGAUGAAGUUGAAUUUGAAGAGGAAGAGGAAGAGGAAGAGGAAGAGGAAGAGGAACUUCCACCAACACCACCACCAAAGAAGAAUAAUAAUAAAUCAAAUAACAACAUCGCAAAAAAACAAAUCCAAACUCAAUCACCACCAGCAAAGAAACAACCUCAAACAAAUAACAAGAAAUCAAACAACAAAAGAAAAUAA